CUCUAUUCCUGUAGAGCUGUGCAGAGAGAGAACAGACUGCGUGCAUCUUUAUGGAUUUAACCAGACAGCAGCUCUCAGGCUUUCCUGCCAAUUUGCCAAUGCACAUUCCAUCCGCUCCACUUCACGGCAUACUGUUGCUGAGUGAUCGAUAGGUAAGAAGGCAGGAACUGAACCCUAUGAUUCGCUCGCGACGGCGACGCGCUGCUGCCCGGUCUCUCGUGCUGCUCCGACUCGUGCAAGCAUGCACGAGCUGCGGUAGACUGGAGAUGAUCUCUGUUUGGCUGCUCGUUUUGAAGCUGCUGAGAGCCACAGCUGGUGUGAAAAGACCAAAUGAGAAUGAAAUAGAUGAGGGUAGGAGAGACUCUUUAAACCAGCAACAAAAAGAGCAAGAAAACCUCCCUGAGGCCGUCUCCAUGGAGACCAGCCAGCUUUCGGAAAUGGAUGAUGUAAAAGACUAUAAAAUGGAUCUUGGGGAAAAAGACGAAGACAAAUACCAGCACAGCGCAGAUGAUAAAGAAUGCUUUGAGGAACAUUUCUCUGAAUGCCUGGAUACUGAAAAGGGCAACUCCCCACUCGCAACUCGGCACAAAAGCAACAGCACAGCCAAUGAAUGUGAGGCUACAGAGGAAAGUGAUGGAAGGGCAAACCAACAAGAGGACACGAUGAUAAAAGAGACAGAGGAAGAGGAGUCAAAUCUCAAAGAAUCUGUGCCAUCUCUGGAGCCUGACACAGAUCCCCAAGCACAAGGCCAGCUGGUGGAGGAAGAAAACAACAUAACAUCCUUUCUGGAUGCAAAAGAGCCAGAACACCAAGAACCACAGGAAGCUCUGAAAACAGAACCAGAAUCUGUGUUGGAACAGAAAAUCAAGGAGCUGGCUGUUUCUGACGCCUCUACCGAAUCCUGCCAUGAUAAUGAUAGAGAUGACCUGAGUGACUGCCUGCACGUAGAGAUGGCUAUUGUCUCAUCGGACAGUGAUGCUGAGGAGCAGUGGAAGGCCAUGUUUUCUCCCGUUGUCGAUGAAGAUGAGUUUGGUGGCAUUUUGGAAUCAGAUACCCUUGAUGUCAAAGAAGAGACAAACGACCAAAACCAUGCAAUGGAGGAUGAAACUCAUAGCCAGUCCGAGAGUAAAGCUGAACCUGAUGAAGAUGAAGAUCCGACAGUGUUGACAGAAAGUGUUGACACUCUCGAGCAGCCGGAAUGUUCUACUGAAUGUGAGCUGGAAGACAUUUCCUAUAUUGACUCCAUACACUACAGCAGUUUAUCCAAGAUCCCAGAGAAUGAGGAGGAUCCAAGCCAAAAUGUGAAACACAGCCUGCAGCGCUUGUCUGCCUCGACCUCCGAGCUUGAUAAGAAGUUGCCGCAAGACUAUUGCGUGAUUCAGGAGAUGCAGAGCGAGAACGUCAGCACAGAGCAUGUGGAUUUCAGGAUGGCUUGUAAGCAGUGGCAGAAAAUGGAGGAACAAUGCAAGGCCCAGGUACAGCAGUCUACCGUAAAGCAGGGUGGACAUAACAUCAUGUAUACACCCAUGCGCAACUUGGAGCGGCCCAAGAGAGAUCCGGAUUCAGACAAUUUAAGUCUUGGUGACUACCAGUAUACCCAGUUUAGCCCGUGUUCAGAUGACUCAGGCCUGGAUGACACAAGCUACCGGUCUCAUUACGAUGAACCAGAGACUCCAGUCGAAAGGGAAAUCCGUGAGACUAUGGAGCGAGAGGAAUCUUUCAAACGAGAGAGAGCCAUGUCAAAGUCACCUUCUAGUGAACCUGAGCAGAAUAAACCCAGACCAGUGACUCUGAUGAUGGCUAAGUCAGCUCCAGAGGAGAAAAGGACGACGUAUAACACACGUGAGGACAGGUGCAGGUCACAGAGACCUUCUAGCACCAUACCACCAACCGUCUCUGUUACUGCUUCACCUUCAUCAAAACCAACCUAUCAUGAGAUGGUGGCCAACAACGUCAUCAUCCUUGAGCCGGAUUCGCAUCCGACAAACCAGCGGCAAAAGGGGAAAAGCCUGCUUUCUCCAGCGACAAACAGGUUCCAUGAGUGGCCCUCAGACUCAAGCAACGUCAUCAUCCUGGAAACGUCGAAUCUCAUCAUCCGAAGUGCUUCCGAAUUCUGCCUGAGCAGUGCAUGCCAGGAGACCCAAGAGAGCACAUUCCACAACAACCCCUUCUUCAAACUGCGAUCACACAGCACGCUAUCUCUGGUGGACCAGGAGAUCAAAGAGGUGAAGCAGAGAGAUGAAGAAUUCAGGAGGCAGAGGGCGCAGUUGUACUCCAAAGAGAAGUAUGACACGAUUCUGGUGUCUCCCAGCUCACUGCAGAAUUUCACCUACGACAAGCCAGGAGGUUUGCCAGCGAAAUGUAAGUCCUCCCCUUCCUCCCCUUUGAAGGCACGCAAAAUGGACCGUUCCACUUUAUCCUGCGAUCAGAAGUUUCCCGAGGCACCUUAUACCAGAGUCCGAAGGAAAAGUGCCCUCAUUCAGAGAUGGGAAGCAGCGAUGUUGGCCAAUCAGCAACAACACGUUUGAACAGCACCACACUGCCAAACCAAGAGAUUUUAAACACCCCAUAUUUUAAUCUUUCUUCUUACAUGAGUUUAAACAUGAGUUCAAGUUAAAUAUUUAAAUAAUUAGAUAUAGGUAUAUGUGAUCACUCUAAUUAGGCACUUGUGAAACAUUAUAUUUUUUAUUUCACAAUUGACGAUAGCUUCAAUUUAGAGUCAUAUAUCUGUUUAACCUCCAAGUAAUAAUCAGAUAAUAAAGCUUUUUGGUAGAGCACUCAUUUACUAUUUUCUUUAUUUAAAUAGGUUAUACGUUUUUUAUUUAAAACUUAAUUGAACGGAUGUGCUCAUUAUGCCAACUGUUUUGUUUUUUCGUUUGAUUUUUUUAUUUUUUUUUGUAGGUGAGUUACAAAUUAACGGGAUGAUGCUGCAGUGAAAUGGAUAUACUGUUUUAAAAAUAUCUAAGCUAUUUUCCUACUCUAUUUUCUCCUCAGUAGAUGUGUAAAUAUGGCAUGAAACACAAUUUAUAAUAGAAUUCAUGAGACGCUGAACAUAUAAAGAAGACGAAAGACAAUAAUGACAAGCAGAUUUUUUCUGAUUCCAAUUUUAGCUCUUCCUCUUGAAUGAGAAAUUUUUUAAUGAACAAGUAAUGCGAAUCCUUAGGGUUUUUUUUAAUUAUUAUUAUUAUUAUUAUUUACAUAUAGCCUAAUUCUUUGCACAAUGAUUUCACAUUUUAAAGUUAAAUUGAUAUUUAAUUUCAACAGAACAUGGAAGUACAAAGCACAUGAAAUUAGCAGACAAAACAAAUCUGGAAAAACUCUCAAUGCAAGAUCUGUAGUGACUUUGAACCAUUCUUGAACUUUC